AUGUAUGAUGCUCAAGGAGAUGUCAUAAUCGGCGGAGGAGAGUAUUACACUCACCCAGUCCACAUGAGCAUGGGAGAUCACAAGGAGACAUUCCGAUGGGAGGUGGCUACUUUGGAAGAAGGAAUAUCUGGUUACCUGCCAAUUGCAUGGGCAAGGAAGCAUAACCCAGAUAUCAAUUGGGAAUUCAAUACCAUAAACUGUCGAAGUGACUACUGCAAGCAGAAUUGUCUCCAAGCAGCGAUCAAGUUUGCACUCAUCUCUUCAUACCAGAUGAUCGAGGAAGAAGAUGUAGUAUAUCAACUAGCCACUUCAGUAUGGCAUGAUGAGGAUGGAGGAGAUAUCGCUGAAAGUAUACCUCUUCGCUAUAGGGAAUGGGCUGAUGUCUUCAGUCAAGAGAAGAUACAGGAGCUGCCUCCGCACUCCCGAAAUGGUAUGAGGAUCAAUCUCUUGCCUGUGACCGCUCCCCCAUUUGGCCCGCUUUAUCCAUGUUCCGCUCCAGAGUUGAAGGCCCUCCGGGAGUACCUAGACAAAGAGUUGUCUUUGGGAAAGAUCUCCAGAUCUAACAGCCCAGCAGCGUCACCCAUAUUGUUCAUACCUAAGAAGGAUGGGACAUGGCGAAUUUGUGUUGACUACAGAGGUUUGAACAAGGUCACUGUCAAGGACAAGUACCCGCUGCCUAUCAUGAGCGAGCUCAGGGAUAGGUUGUUCAAGGCCAAGAUCUUCACAAAGAUAGACCUGAAAAAUGGCUUCAAUUUGAUCAGGAUAGCAGAGGGGCAUGAAUGGAAAACCGCUUUCAGAACCCGCUAUGGACUGUAUCAGUAUAAUGUGAUGCCAUUUGGUCUAUGCAACGCUCCUUCCGCCUUCCAGGCAAUGAUCAAUGAUGUGCUAAAGGAACUACUGGAUGAAGGAGUGGUUGUUUAUAUUGAUGACAUCCUCAUCUACUCAGAGACCGAGGAAGAGCAUGAAAGGCUGGUUGAGAAGGUCCUACAGAAGCUCAGGGAAGCAAAACUGUGUGCCUCCAUCAGUAAGACAUCCUUCCACGUCCGAGAAGUAGAGUACCUUGGCUAUCACAUCUCGGAAAAGGGAGUAUCUAUGUCAGAGGACAAGAUAGAGGCGGUUCAGGAAUGGCCAGUACCCCGGAACUUCAAGGGAGUACAAGGUUUCCUGGGAUUUGCAAACUUCUAUCGCCGCUUCAUUGAAGGCUUCAGUAAAGUCUGCAAACCACUGACCGACCUCUUGCAAAAUGACAAGAAAUGGUAUUGGACCGCAGCUUGUGAACAAGCAUUUGAGGAACUCAAGAGGCUAUUCACAAGCGCUCCAAUCCUUCUCCAUUUUGACCCUAGCAGAAGAACUGUGGUUGAGACUGAUGCCAGUGACUUUGCCAAAGGAGUGGUGCUCUCUCAGUUUGGGGAAGUGUAA